GAGGGAGGGGGAGAGAGCGUACUCGUUUCAGUCUGACUGACUCAGCUAGCCACUGAAUCUCGAGGAAAAGCCGCUGGAAACGUUCGGCUACAACAUGGAGGAUAUAAGUAUCGACAGAAAUAGACUCCCUGGUGUCAGAGAAGUGUGCCGGGACUUUGCUGUUCUAGAGGAUCACUGUCUGGCCCACAACCUUCAAGAGCAGGAAAUUGAGAACCACCUUGCCUCUAACGUCCACAAAAAUCGACUUGUACAGCAAGACCUUCGGGUGGCAAAGCGUCUGCAGGAGGAGGAGGAACUGCGGGCCAAAACCGAAAGCCAGAAAGAGCACCAGGACAUUGAACGCAUUGACAACGAAAUAGCUCAAGAGAUUCAGGACCAACUGGUCCGACAGGCUGAGCAGCAGAGAAAGCAGGAGGAGAAGGAUGAGGCCAUUGCUCGUAAGAUACAGGAGCGAGAGAUGAAAGAAGAAUGGAAGAGGCAGAAACAGCUGGAGGCUAAAUUGGAGGAGCAGUACUAUGAAGAAAGAGGAGACCGUCGAUCCCCUUUAGACCCUCAAGUGCAAUACCCAAGGACUGAUUCACCAGUAUCCAGUAAUGAGAGAAACAGGGCCUUAAAUCGAGGCCGAUCCCCAGAUUGCCGUAAUCAGAAAUUGGAACAGAAAAGACGACUGGACAGUAAUGGCAAGCACACCAAGAGCCUUGAAUAUUACCCCGCCGAACAUAGUCCCUCAAGACCCCCAGAGCAGAAUAAAUCAGAACGUAACAGAGGGAAUUAUAACUAUACAGAACAUGGUCCCCUAGAACACUAUGAAACUGAACACAGGAGCAAAAAUAAAGACAAAAGCAGGAGGCCAGAAUAUUAUACUUCAGGAACCAGGGCUAAAUACCCAGAGGAAUUCUUGACUGAAAGAAAUACUUACCAUGAUGAUGAAUACCUUGAAAAUCGCCAAGGUAAGAAAUAUCCAAACAAGUCGGAGGAACCUUUUCGUAAUGAAGAGCAAUUAUAUUGUGAUGACUCAGCAUAUUUGCACAAGGAGCAAAACAGAAAAAAGGACCGAAAUCAAGAGCGGGGAAGAGAAGAAAGAAAAAAUGGGAAUAGAACAAAAUAUCCAGAGAAAAGUCAAGACAGACAGUUAAAUAGGGACACAAAUAGAGACAAACACAAACUCAAAGAAGUGGACCAGGACACAGGCCAAAAUGGCUUUACUCACAAGAACAGAGACAUGGAAAGAGAAAGACAUUGUCUCAAAGAAAAAGAAAGAAUAAGGGAGAAAAAUUGUAGUAGGGACAAAAGCAGGGGGCGAGAGCCUGAAAGUCCAACUUUUCCGGAUUCCAGUAAAUACUGGUCAGAAGAAAGUAAGGAGAGUACAGAAUACAACACCAAGCAGAGGUACUACUGUGAUGAGCCCAGCUUAAGAAGUCACACUAAAGGUCAAGCCCACAGGGACCGAGGUCGACAUGUACAAGAGAAGUAUGGAAUGAGGGAAGCAACGGAAGGCAUAGCCCAAAUGGAUCUGCGAGCCCAGGAGAUACGAGAUAUAGAGGUGGCACGCAGGAUACAGCAGGAGGAAGUAAAGGCAAGUAAGCUUGACAAACGAGCUGCUCAAGUUGCACAAGAUGAGGAAAUAGCUCGGCGGUUGAUGGAAGAGGAAGAAAGGGAGUUUAAGAGGUCUAGAGAAAAGGAAAAACAAGCACUGGAGAGACAGCAUCGAAGAGCUGAUGGAGACUUCAAGGCCGUACAUGACGAAGCGAUACGACCACGAACUCGAGAGCAGUACGACCACCAGAGAGCUCGGGACUCCAAACCAUCCAGACCUCCUCCGCACUCCAAUAACUAUGAGAACGUGGACUCCAGUUAUGCAUAUUCAGAUAAUUACUCUCCUCGCCCGCCUCCCAGACCCGAGGCUGCAUACAAAGGUGCCUACUACAGGCAGUGACUCAGGCUUGUCUUGCUGUUCUUUCAUGAUUUGUGCUGUACUUCUGUAUUUCUUGUCACUUUUUUGAAGAACGCCAUAUCCUGCUGAUAGAAAGGGGUGGGAAAACCAUUUUAUUUUGAAAGACUGAUCAGUACUAGUUGCAUUCAUCAGCCUUUGGCAAACUACUGUAAACUUUUUUAUUGCAAUCUGUUUUAUUUAACAUAAAUGUGCCAUGUCUUAUCAAAGAACAUUUUUUUUAUGCUGGGACCAUUGUUUUUGGUACUUGUGUAACAUUUUUGGACAAGGGAGGAGAUUUUCUUUCUAGUAUUUUUUUAAUCACUUCAUAAUUAGUAAUUGUUUUUGUGUGCUUCCUAUUGUGCAUCAGUGCUGAAAGUAAAGGGAGAAAGAUUUAUGGUUAUUAGAUAUGUGUAUAGUUUAUAUUGGUCUUUUGCAAUAACCACAAAGUAUUUCCAAUGUUCUUUUUAAGAUAUCGUAUUAAAUAUAUCUAAAUUCUGAGGCCCUGUAUUAGAUUCAGAUGGUUUUGUCUUAGACUAAUGAAGAAAACUGGGUAUUUUAUUUUUUUGGCUUUGUGCUUUCUCAGAAUAUAUUUUGACAAUAUCUAGAAUACUCUCAGUCUAUUACAUGGAUAUAAAGCAAGUAUAUGGUGCACCAACCCUCCCUCCUCCUUACCCGUACACAUUUAUCAAUUGUAUGUAUGCAUUUAAGAAUUAUCAGACAAAUAUUUCUAUUUAUUUAUUUUUAAUUUAUGUUUAAUCACUUUAUGACAUCACUUGUAGGCACAUUUAUAAUUUAUUUUUGUAUUACAUGUAUAAAUGUUUUAAUUUGUACUCGUUUGCUGGAAGAUUUAAUGUGCCAAUUCAUAAACCGUCCUUAUUAGACAAUUUAAAUUACACACCAAGUAUACCAGCAAGAGAUAUAGAACUAAAAAUCUGCUGAAACAAGCAAGCAUUCACUGCUCAUCAUGCUUUUGUGACAUUUUUAUUAAUAAUGGGUAAAAGUGCAGCACAAUUUUCAGACAGUAUUUUACUUUCUAAUAAGCAUCAGGUUAAUUUGGUACAUUAUAGCCUAUAUUAAGUUCACGUUCCAUAGCUAGUACUACAUGCUACCAUCAUGCAUUAAUAAACACAAAAAUAUACUUAUUGGUCAUUAAAGCUGACAUGAUGUGAAUGGCCUGGACUGAAGAAGAAUGAAGUGAAAAUCUGCCGUGUCGCUGUGCUGACACAGUUUGAUAAUUUAUUAUUCAACAGAUCAUCUUGAUGAAUUCUUUUCAUUUAGCAGCAUGUACAUUUUAUUAAAAAUUCUGAUAAUUUUAGUGAACAAAGGACUAGCUUUGAUGAAUGAUAUCUACUUUUUUUCCUUUCAGGAAUAAAUUGUGCAUUCAUGUUUUGCACUGUUUUGGUAAAUGUAAACACUUCUGUAAUAUAAAGUGGUUAUGCUAAAAUGAUUGUACUGUCAGUAACUAUAAACAAGGAAUCAGAAAUGUAAAUGCCAUCCUUAUGUAUGAGAGUAAGAUUUAUGCUCAGCAUUCUUUGUUUCAAAUUGCUCUACAAUCGACUGCUGUAUGUAAAUGUUUUGUGACCAAUAUUGUAUGUUUGUAUCUUGCACAUUUUCCCUUAGCUUCCACUGACCAAGUAUGAUUUUGUCAAGAAAUAAAUCAUUUUUCAGGAA